UUUUGGCAACUAGUGUUGCACAAGAUAUUACCAACUUACAGUCCACCACCAAGAUCUUUGCUCUACUCCAGCUGCAAAAGUUUGCAACAUCACGUCCUGCUUAUUGUGCCCGACAAACCCUGGAAGUUUAUAAUCGCCUUCCUUGGCUCGUUUUUUUGAUGCCUUUCCAGUGGGUUCAUUCCUGAUCGAUACAGUAUCAUCCAGUUCUUUUUUUCCUGGCUUCUAUCCAAUCCUUCCCUUUGUCCACCUGUCGCAAUUACCCUUUCCUGAUAUACAGUUGUCACUGACAUGAAGUUCUCACUGGUUGCCCUGAUGGGCCUGGUUUCCUGGGGCAUGUGCGCUCCAAUAGAUCCACCAGGUGGAAACACCACCGAGACCAACACCCUCACCAAGCGCGCAAAAUUCUCCUGCGACAAGCUGGUCGAGGGCCUGUCCCGGGACGACUGCAACCACAUGGCCAAGAUCGACAUGGCCGGGCAGGGUGAGAACUCCAAGACGCGGACCGACAAGGGCAUCUGGGUCGGCAAGGACGGGCACACGCAGUUCAAGUUCAGCAACAAGUCCAAUGGCCGCGUCGCCAUCAUCGUCUGGAACAACCCCAAGGGCGAUUACGAGAGCUCCUUUAUGAACGUGCGCAAGCCGCAGGUGUCGUGGUCCCUGGCCGCGGGCCAGUCGCUGACCGUGUCGCUCAACGAGGGCGUCAGCGGCGGCUUCGCGGGCCUCUACGACGCAAAGACGCCGCUGUCGCCCAUCGGCCAGAUCCACCAGACCUGGGGCGAGUUCACCACGGGCGAGUAUGCCACCAUCGACGUCAGCCGCGAGGUCCGCAUGGACGGCGACAAGAUGUGGAUCAAGACCCCGAUCGGCUGCGUCUCCGACAUGGACAAGUGCGUCUUUGUCUGCUCAAACGGCCAAAACACGUGUGGAGAGAAGAACACGUACCAGCUCAAGGACUGCAAGCCCGGAAGCCAGCCCGGUGCCAACUACGGAGAGCUCUUUGGCCAGCCCGAGGGUGGGUGUCAGGGCUUCGACAAGGGUGGUGAGGUCGCUGUCCAUUUGCUGUGAGUUUUGGCGCCAUACCCCUUUUUUCUUGUCUCUGGGUUGCAUUCGUUUCAUUUGUUGCUUCCCGGGUUCUUCUGUCUUCUUUGCCCUUCAUCUUGUUGGCUUUGUGAUUUAAGAUACCAUUUUGUUCGCACUGCAGGCGGCGUGUUGUAUAUUACCUUUUAUUUUUAGAUGUAGAACUAUUUCGAUCCUCCCCUG